GCAGCUCCAUCGCUCAGUAUAUAAAGCAGGACAACGACGGAAGGAGGACGGCUGGGGAGUCGCAGCCCGGGAUUGUAAAUAAGACCGCUAAAACUGUGUUUUAUUUACAAAAGUGAUGCCGGCUGUUUUAAAAUAUCGUUCCCAGUUGUUUUAAGUCGUUUUUCGUAAUUUUUGGCUCUAUUUCUCGCCUAUUUCCGUGUGGUUUUUACACUACGCGUAUAAUGGCGAGCUCGGCUAACUCGAACCCAGUGCCUAAACUAUACAAGUCUGUGAUUGAGGAUGUGAUCAACGAGGUGCGAGAGCUGUUCCUGGACGAGGGGGUGGACGAGCAAGUGCUUCUGGAGCUGAAAACGCUAUGGGAAAACAAACUGUUGCAGUCCAAGGCAGUGGAGGGCUUCCAUACCGAGGAGCAGGCCCUGCAGGCCGCUCAACAGCAGCAACAACAGCAGCAACAGCAGGUUCAGCAGGUCCAACAAGUCCAGCAGGUGACACAGCCAGCACAGACCCAGCAAGUUAUCCUGCCCCCCCAGCAGCAGCAAGCUCCACAGCAGCAAGUCAUUGUUCAGGAUUCCAAAAUUCUACAGCACAUGAGUGCAACAGGGAUGAGUGCAGCAGCUACCGCAGCAACUCUUGCUUUGCCCACAGGGGUCGGCCCAUACCAACAGCUCAUCACCAGCCAAGGUCAGAUCCUGCAGGUGCUCCGUGCUGCCAAUGGAGCUCAGUACAUCAUCCAGCAGCCGCAGCAGCAGAUCCUUCUUCAGCAGCAGAUGCAGCCUGGUGGCGUGCAGGCACCGGUCAUACAACAGGUCCUGGCUCCUCUGCAGGGAGGCCUACCCCAGCAAACAGGAGUCAUCAUCCAGCCACAGCAGAUUGUCUUAGCUUCAGGAAACAAAGUCCAAGGCAGUACACAGGUGAUGCAGGCAGCAGCUAUGGCGCAGCAGCCUGGUCAAGCAGCAACAGCUCAGGUCCAGCAGGUUCAGCAGGCCCAGGCUGCAGCAGCCCCACAGGCCCAGCAGCAAGGCCAGCCCCAGGCUCAACCCCAGCCUCAGGCCCAACAGCCCCCUAUGAUGCUGCAGGUGGACGGCACCGGAGACACCUCCUCGGAAGAAGACGAGGAUGAGGAGGAGGAGUACGAUGAAGAUGACGACGAGGAGAAGGACAAGGAUGGGGGAGAGGACGGGCAGGUGGAAGAGGAGCCUCUGAACAGUGGAGACGAUGUCAGUGACGAGGAGGACCAGGAGCUGUUUGAUACAGAGAAUGUAGUCGUGUGCCAGUAUGACAAGAUUCACAGAAGUAAGAACAAAUGGAAAUUCCACCUGAAGGACGGGAUCAUGAAUCUGAAUGGGAGAGACUAUGUCUUCUCCAAAGCCAUUGGGGAUGCCGAAUGGUGAAGUACAAAAAAACAAAAGACAAAGCAACAGGAGCAGACACUCUGUAGCUCCUACUAUCCAGUUAACAGACACUUCAAUAUCCUUCCAUAUCCUGUGACUGGAUUCAUUUCAGGAAUCUAAUUCUGAGUCUUUGAGAACUCUGACAAACCCAAAGGACUGUGAGGUACCAUUUAAAAAAAACAAAAAAAACAACAACCUGGGUGUCGUCAAAAAAACACUCGACUAGCCUUGCGGGAUGAGAAACCUACAGGGGAAGGGAAAGCCUGUGAGCAGAGCGUUCUUUAUCGUUUCUUUGUGCUUCUUCCAGGCUUGUCCUUUUUUUUUUUUUUCCUGAGAGAAUUUGCAUACAUUGGAAAGUAAGCAUUUCACAUCGUACAGGUGUAGUGGACCAGAGUGACCUGACCUGCCCUGCCACAGGAGGUCAGAAGUCAUUCAUUAUAACCCCGUAGAUGAGAAACAUCUUCAUGAUGCACUGUAGUCGGUUGACUGGAUUGACUCGUGUCUACAUUUAAGUCCAAACUUAGUGCCACCAGUCAAGAUCGCUGCCUUUAGAAUGGCCAGAAUCACCCUUUUGGCUUCUAAUUUUUGUUCUUGGAUCGUAAAAAUCUGUCUCAAUUCAUGUUUAUGACAAUGGUGCUCCAGAGUGUUUUAUGUAGUUAACCUGUUAUUGUUUUAAAACAUUUUUUAAACACAUUUGAUGAAGGCUUAAGAUGAAGAAGGUGAAAUUACAGGAAUUCUAAAAUAAUAAGUAGUUGUUUGGAGGCUUUUUUUUUUUUUUUUAAUCUAAGCAGUGCUGAAUCCAAAAAUACUGUUAUUUUCCUCAUCGGCUUCUCUGGAGCUUCAUUCCAUCUUUAUCCCAAAACUUAACAAAAGAAAAAAGAA